AUGGCCGAAAAGGAAGAUUUGGUCCAGCGUGCGAAGCUUGCCGAGCAAGCGGAGAGGUAUGACGACAUGGCUGCCGCGAUGAAAAAGGUGACAGAGACGGGCGCUGAACUGACUAAUGAGGAAAGGAACUUGUUGUCGGUCGCAUACAAAAACGUUGUCGGGGCGCGACGAAGUUCGUGGAGAGUAAUAAGCAGCAUCGAGCAGAAGACGGAAGGCAGCGAGAAGAAGCAGCAGAUGGCUAGAGAAUACAGAGAGAAAGUGGAAAAAGAACUGAGAGAAAUAUGUCACGACGUCUUGGAUCUCUUGGAUAAGUUCCUUAUCGCUAAAGCUGGAAAUGCGGAGAGUAAAGUAUUUUACUUAAAAAUGAAAGGCGACUAUUAUCGGUAUCUAGCCGAGGUUGCUACGGGCGAUGAUAGAGUUCCCAUUGUUGAAAACAGCCAGCAGGCAUAUCAGGAAGCUCUCGAUGUUGCAAAGGCCAAAAUGCAGCCCACUCAUCCCAUCCGUCUGGGUCUAGCUCUGAAUUAUUCUGUGUUUUUCUACGAAAUAUUGAAUUCUCCUGAUAGAGCGUGCCAUUUAGCGAAGCAGGCAUUUGAUGACGCCAUCGCGGAGUUGGAUACGCUUAACGAAGAUUCUUAUAAGGACAGUACUUUAAUAAUGCAAUUGCUCAGAGAUAACCUUACGCUGUGGACAUCAGACACUGCUGGAGAAGAAGGUGAAGCAGGAGGCGAACAAGUUGAAGCUGCCGGUGGACAGUAG